GAUUUUAAAUUUUUAAUUCGACGUUCAUUUUGUGUCUUCGUUCGCGUUCUUCUCUCCACCGUGAAAACAGUCUCCGGCACCAAAUCAUGUCCGCGAAAGCCCGAAACUUCCGCCGCCGUGGCGGAUACGACGGCGACGAAGAGGAAACCCCCACCACUAAGACAACCACCAAUGGCACCGGCGCUAAACCUAAAACUCCUGCCCCCACCACCACCGCCACUAAGCCCAAAAAGAAAACCCUACUUAGUUUCGCCGACGACGAAGAAGAUUCCGGCGAAAGUCCCUUCAAUACGCCCUCCUCCAGACCCUCACGAAUCACCAAGCCCUCCUCUUCAUCGUCAUCUUCUGCGCACAAGCUUACUUCUGGAAAAGACCGAAUUGCCCCUAAAAAACCUUCAGUUACCUCUAAUGUACAACCCCAAGCUGGUACUUAUACAAAAGAAGCUCUCCUUGAGCUCCAGAAGAACACCAGAACCCUAGCAAGCUCUCGCCCUUCCGGGCCCAAACCCGGUCCUAAGCCCGGGCACAUUGAGCCAGUGAUUGUCUUGAAAGGCCUUGUGAAACCAGUUAGUGCGAGUAGUACUCAAAGAGCUGAAGCUGAGGAAAAAGGCCAAGAAAGUGACGAGGAUAAUGAAGUGGGUGUUGAUCAAUAUGAUGCAAAGACUAUAGAAGCAAUAAGGGCUAAGAGGGAGAGGCUGCGUGAAGCUCGGCCUGCGGCACGAGACUAUAUAGCAUUGGAUGAAGGGGGUAAUCAUGGGGAAGCUGAGGGGUUGAGCGAUGAGGAACCGGAGUUCCAGAGGAGAAUUGGCUUCUUCGGGGAGAAAACUGAUAGUGGGAGAAAAGGUGUGUUUGAGGAUUUUGAUACUAAUGAUAAUGAAGAUGAUGAGGAGGACAAAAUGUGGGAAGAAGAACAGGUGAGAAAAGGGUUAGGAAAAAGAUUGGAUGAUGGCGGGUCUAAUAGAGGGGUUAUGAGUAGUAGUGUAACCAGUGCUACAGCUGCAGUUCAGAAGGUGAAUCUUGAAACUUCAGCUGCAGGAGCCAGUAGUGUAUAUUAUUCCUCAGUACAGAGUAUUGGUGUCUCUGUUGGUGGUCCUACAAUUGGAGGAGGAGUGGUUGGAGGCUUGCCUAGUUUGGAUGCCUUGUCGAUUUCAAAGCAGGCUGAGGUUGCUAAAAAUGCUUUGUUUGAGAGUAUGGGAAGAUUGAAAGAGUCUCAUGGCCGAACUGUGGCAUCGUUGAACAAGACUGAAGAAAAUUUAUCUGCCUCAUUGUCAAAUGUCACUACGCUGGAAAAUUCAUUGUCUGCUGCUGGUGAGAAGUACAUGUUUAUGCAAAAACUUCGCGACUUUGUUUCUGUUAUAUGUACGCUUUUACAGGAUAAAGCUCCUUACAUCGAGGAACUUGAAGACCAGAUGCAGAAACUUCAUGAAGAACGAGCAGAAGCUACCUUAGAAAGGAGAGCUGCUGAUAAUGAUGAUGAAAUGAGGGAACUCGAAGCCGCUGUAAAUGCUGCAAGACAAGUUCUAAGUAAAGGUGGGAGCAAUGCGGCAACAAUAGAAACUGCCACGGCUGCUGCUCAAGCUGCAACAGCAUCCAUGAGGAAAGGAGGAGAUUUACCUGCAGAGCUAGAUGACUUUGGUAGAGAUGUGAAUCUGCAGAAACGGAUGGAUACGACUAGAAGGGCAGAGGCUCGGAAAUUAAGGAGAGUGAGAAAUGAUGUUAAGAGAAUGUCAGCUAUAGAACGUGACAGCUCCUAUCAUAAAAUAGAAGGAGAAUCUAGUACUGAUGAAAGUGACUCUGAGAGUACGGCAUAUGAGUCAAGCCGUGAUCAAUUGCUUCAGGUUGCCGAGCAGAUUUUUGGUGAUGCACAUGAAGAAUACUCUCAACUGUCUGUGGUUGUUGAAAAGUUUGACAGAUGGAAGAAAGAUUAUGCCUCAAGCUAUCGCGAUGCAUAUAUGUCACUUAGUAUACCUGCUAUUUUUUCACCCUAUGUAAGACUGGAGCUUCUGAAGUGGGAUCCUCUACAUGAAAAUGCAGAUUUUAUGGAUAUGAACUGGCACUCUUUGCUAUUCAAUUAUGGACUUCCAGAAGGUGAAAACGAAAUAAACGCUGAUGACGCUGAUGCCAAUCUUAUUCCUCAGUUGGUGGAGAAACUUGCAAUACCUAUUCUACAUAACCAGUUAGCAAAUUGCUGGGAUAUGCUUAGCACUAGUGAAACAGAAUGUGCUGUCUCUGCCAUGAAACUGGUGUUGAGGUAUGGCCCCUUUUCUAGCUCAGCCCUCAGCAAUCUGGUUGCUGUGCUUCGUGAUCGUCUAGCUGAUGCUGUGGCUAAUUUGAAGGUACCAACGUGGGACACCGUCGUAAUGAGGGCUGUACCUGAUGCAGCACGUGUUGCUGCUUAUAGGUUUGGCAUGUCUAUUCGUUUGAUGAGGAACAUAUGCUUGUUUCAUGAGAUUUUUGCCAUGCCUGUCCUGGAGGAGCUGGUUCUUGAUCAACUCUUCAGUGGAAAGAUUCUUCCUCAUCUUCGAAGCAUUCAGUCGAACAUUCAUGAUGCUGUAACAAGAACUGAAAGAGUUGUCGCAUCAGUACGCGGUGUCUGGGCUGGACCCAAAGUCACAGGGGAUUGCAGUCCAAAGUUACGACCGUUGGUGGAUUACUUGCUAAAACUUGGCAGAGUGCUCGAGAAGAAGCAUUCAUCAAGCAGUGGAGAGAUAGAUACGUCUAAAUUUGCUCGUCGGUUGAAGAAGAUGCUCGUAGAACUAAAUCAAUAUGACUAUGCUAGGGACAUAUCAAGAACCUUCAACAUCAAGGAGGCCUUAUGAUCUCACUUGCUUUUCUUGGUUCCAUUGUCUUGCAUACAAAAGAGGGGGUGCUCUAGUUUUAGCAGUCUUCUACAAUUUUGAGUUUGAUGUCAAUGCCUUUUUUUUUUCUUUUUUUGCUUUUAGGUUUUUCACUGUUGUCACAAAUUACCCUACUUUCAACACUGACAAGUGCAAUGAAAACAUGAAGCUGAAAUUGUCUCAUUACUAAAUCAUAUGCAGGUUUAUAGUAGGAAUGCAUGAUUUUAUCAUA